AUGAACUGGUUAAAGGAAGGUGAUGCAAAUUCAAAAUACUUCCACGGGUGUAUGUCUUCUAGACAUCGCAAUAAUGCUAUCAAUAUGGUGGCUGUCGACGGAGUCAGUGUCGAAGGGGCUCAUAAUAUCCGAGCAGCAGUCUAUCAACAUUUUUCUACUCAUUUCAAGUCGGUUAGGGAGAAUAGGCCACGGCUGGAUGGUAGUCAAUUUCGCAAAUUAUCAAACUUGGAAGCAGCUUUGAUUCCGAAAGUUUCUAGUCCACAACAGUUAACUGAUUAUCAGCCUAUUUCUCUUGUUGGGUGCUUGUAUAAGGUGUUGGCUAAGGUUCUGGCUAAUAGAUUAUGUAUUGUUAUUGGUAGUGUGGUUUCAGCGAAUCAAUCGGCUUUUGUAAAGGGUAAACAAAUUUUAGAUGGGAUAUUGAUUGCUAAUGAAGUGGUUGAUGAAGCGCGGCGUGCGAAAAGGGAGCUCCUUUUGUUCAAGGUUGAUUUCGAGAAGGCGUACGAUUCUGUGGAUUUAAAAUAUCUUGAUAUGGUAAUGGAUCACAUGAACUUUCCGACACUUUGGCGUAAGUGGAUUAAGGAAUGUGUAGGGACGGCGAAGGCUUCAGUUCUUGUUAAUGGUAGCCCAACGGAUGAAUUCAUUAUUGAGCGGGGUCUUCAUCAAGGGGAUCCUUUGUCUCCGUUUUUAUUUUUGUUAGCUGCUGAAGGCUUCAAUGUUCUUAUGCAAGCAAUGGAGGGGGCACAUAUUUUCAAUGGUUAUGGGGUUGGUCAAGCAAAUCAGGUUCGGUUAACACAUUUGCAAUUCGCAUAUGAUACUCUUUUAAUUGGAGAGAAAAGUUGGUUAAAUGUGCGCUCCAUGAGGGCGGUGUUGUUACUGUUUGAGGAGGUGUCCGGGUUGAAGGUGAACUUUCAUAAAAGUAUGCUUACUGGUGUCAAUGUAACAGACUCAUGGUUGUCAGAGGCCGCAAUGGUUAUGAAUUGUAGAAAGGGCUCCAUUCCUUUUAUUUAUUUGGGCCUCCCUAUUGGCGGUGAUUCGUGGAAAUUGAGUUUUUGGAAACCUGUUCUUGAUCGCAUAGCGGCUCGCCUAUCGUCCUGGAAUAAUAAAUUCCUUUCUUUUGGUGGCCGUCUGGCGCGUUAUGGUGAGGAUGGGGGGCGGUUGAAAGAGGGAGGAAGUCAGAGCUCACUUUGGUGGCGGAUGAUUAAUAAGGUUCGAGAGGGGAUUGGUGAGGGAGUUAGUCGGUGGUUUGAUGACAAUGUUCGUAGGGUGAUUCGUGAUGGUCGAAGCACUCUUUUUUGGCACGAUACUUGGCUAGGGGACAUACCUUUAAAAUUAAAAUUUCCUAGGUUAUUUGAUCUAGCUGAGACAAAGGAGAGGAUGGUGGAGGAGAUGUGGAGAUUGGGUUGGGAGGAAGAGGGAGGAGCAUGGGUGUGGAGACGACGGUUGUUAGCAUGGGAGGAAGAGAGUGUGAGGGAGUGUUGUGCUUUGUUACUUAACAUUGUUUUGCAGGAUAAUGUCUGUGAUACUUGGCGGUGGCUUUUGGAUCCUGUAAAUGGGUACUCGGUGCGGGAGUCCUAUCGAUAUUUAACCCUUUCAGGAGUAAAUACGGAUAGGAACAUGGUGGAUGAUGUCUGGCACAAACAUAUUCCUUCAAAGGUGUCGUUGAUGGUGUGGAGAUUGUUCCGUAAUAGACUUCCGACUAGAGACAAUUUGAUCCGACGGGGAACUCUCCAUCUUGAUGCUUCUACGUGCGUAACAGGGUGUGGGGCAUCCGAAACAGCAUUACAUCUUUUUCUCCUUUGCGACUUAUCCAGCACUCUUUGGUUGGAGGUGCGGCUUUGGCUUGGCAUUUAUGCAGUAUCUCCAGCUGAUCUCCGACAACAUUUCCAACAAUUCUAA